AUACACAUACAAAACAUCAAACAUACAUAUGUAUGUACCUUUCUUUUAAGAAUUCAAUUGAGUCUUACUAAUGUUCGAUUAUAUCUUUAUGUUAAUCACUUUUACUAAACUAUCAAACUAGUAAUUUUAUCAUUGUUUUAUUUAACAAACUACUGGUGAUUACUGGUUUAUCAAAAAGAAAUUGAUUAUUCAACAAAUCUUCAAGAAGAUUAACUAUUAUAACAUUGUAUUGUAAUAAUAAAGACAAAUGAAACGAGGCAAACGAUCAAGUAGUAUGGAUUCUUCAAAUGAAAAAGAUAUAUUUUUUCAAUGUCGUGGAAAAAAAUUCGGUGUUACUGAAAUAGCUGAUAAUGAAUCAUUUUCACGUUUUUUAGCUGAUCAAAUUAUAAAAAAACAUUUGACUAAAGGUCAUACAAAUAUUACUAUUAGUUGUUUACAAGAUAGAUUAAAAUUUAAUAAAUCAUCAUCAAUUAUUCCUCAUUCAACAAGAAAAUAUGCUGAAUAUAAAGAUAUAAAAAAUUUUUUUGUUUUUACAAGUAAACCAGGUGUAUUUGUGAUAUGUAAACAUGAUUCGGAAACAAAUAAAAAAACAUAUGAAAGUUAUUGUUGUGAUGAUCCAUCUGAUUUAGAAAAAUUAACACGUUUAGUUAGUUCAGCUAAAAAUAAUUCAGAUCAUAGAUUAUAUAAAAGUCAAAAUACAUCAAGAUCAACUAUUGAUAUGAAUAAUGAAAUAUCAGCUGCUGAAUUAUUUGAAAGUAGUACAAAUUUAAAUAAUGAAUCAUUAAGUUAUCAAAGUGGAUUUUUACGUGAUACUGGAUCACCUGUAACUGAAGCAGUAGAUCGUGCUGAAAUAUUUCCUAAUACUUCACCAUUUUCCCCAUCACAUACUUAUAAUAAUAUAACAUCGGUAUCAGUUAGUGAUAUGCCAAAUGAACAUGAAGUAAAUGGUUAUGGUGAAAAUGAAUCAAAUAAUAAUAGAAAUCGAAAAACAAAUUCAUAUAGUUCACCAAAAGGAAUGAUUUCACCUCCAGCUAAUGACAAUUUUCAUCCUUUAAUUGGUUAUCAGUCAAAGAAUAAAAUGAAACAUAAUCAAUCUAACCAUCAAGAUAAUAAUGAUGCAACACCAGUAAAUUCAAGACGUCAAAGUUUAAAAAAUCUAUAUAGAUUAGAUAAUGAAAAUAUUUAUGCUCAUAAAGAUGAAUUAAUUGCAAUGUUUGAUAAUGAUUUAACAUUUCUUACUUCAACAUGCGGUGAUGUAGUUGAAUCUGAAUAUGGUUCAAAGUACUUGUUUUGUCAAUCAGGUAUAGAAAAACUUCAAACUUAUGAAGGACCUUUGUAUGAAUCACCAAAUAAAUAAAAGGGAAAUAUCUACAUAGAUAUUAUCAAACUAUAAACAUUCAAUUUAUGAAAUUCUUUUGGUAAGUCAAUGAAACAUGACUACUGAUUAUGACACUGUUACUUUAUUCUUUUUGAAUCUUACAUUCAGAAAAAAUCUAAAUAAAAUUUAUCUU